AUGGAAUACGGCAUGAUGUUCAAAGGAGACGCUAUUCCGUUCCCCUCUUCCAUACUUUCCCAGCAUGUUCCCUUCAGAAUCCAGGAUGACUCUUGCACGCUCACUUGCUCGCCUGCCAUUGAUAGGCAGACCUGUCCCCUCUCGGGUGUAAGAGUCCUGGAGCUCGGCCAACUAAUAGCCGGUCCCUUCUGUGGCCAGCUCCUUGCGCACUUUGGCGCCGAAGUCAUCAAGAUUGAGCCUCCCACCACUGGAGAUCCCUUGCGGGUUUGGAGGGAAUUGGACGAGGACGGAGUGUCUCCUUGGUUCCGGAGUUUGGCACGCAAUAAGAAGAGCGUGACGUUGGAUUUGAGGAAGGAGAAGGGGAGGGAGAUCGUUGAGAAGCUGGCGCUGAAGAGUGAUGUGCUGAUUGAGAACUUCAAGCCAGGCACCAUCGAGAAAUGGGGCAUCGGCCCCUCCGAUCUCUCUCCCCUGAAUCCCUCUCUAAUCUUUACACGGAUCUCAGGCUACGGUCAAACAGGUCCUCUCCGUUCCGAGCCAGGCUUCGCAGCAGUUUGCGAAGGGUUCAGUGGGUUCCGCUUCGUGAAUGGCAAUGUAGACUCCAACGGCAAGCUAGCCGGGGCACCUGUACGCCCAAAUAUUUCGCUGGGCGAUUCGCUUGCUGGACUGCACGCUGCCUUUGGUACUGUCAUGGCUCUUCUGGCGAGGGGAAAGCUGGGUGGAAAAGGUCAGACGGUGGAUGUGGCCAUCUACGAAGCUGUCUUCAAUAUGAUGGAGGGGAUCUUGCCUGCCUAUUCCCGCACUGGGGCAGUACGAGGACCUAGUGGACCUGGGGUGACAGGCAUUGUCCCCACGAGUGCUUUCCCCACGAGCAAAGACGAAGAGUAUGUUAUUAUCGGUGGCAACGGCGAUUCUAUAUACCAGCGACUCAUGCAGCGUAUUGGGAGAGAAGACCUCACCGGGGAGGCGUACGCCAACAAUGCGAAGCGAGUCGAGAGACAAGGCGAAAUUGAAGAUGCUAUAACGGCCUGGACUAGCAAACAUACAAUGGACGAAGUCCUCAAGGCUAUGAAGGAAGCUAGAGUACCCGCUGGACCUAUCAAUUCAAUUGCAAAUCUCGCCGAGGACGAGCAUCUCGUUGCAAGGGGAAUGGUGGAGAGUGUGCCAGUGCACUCCAAGAAGCUCGACAAGACCUGGGAGGUCAAGGUGCCUGGCGUAUCGCCUAUUCUCGAUCGAGGCGGAACUGGGACACGUUGGGCCGGCAGAGAUUUGGGAGAGGACAAUGAGGAAGUGUACAGAGGAGAAUUGGGGAUGAGCGAGGCAGAGGUGGCUGCGCUGAUCAAGGAGGGCGUCAUUUGA